AUGCGCCGUGCAGAGGGUCGGUGGAGCCUGCAGUUCCUCGAGGAAACAUCUCCAGAUCCCAGCAGUCCUGAAGCAAGCAGAUUCUCCGUCUAUCGCGCACGCGAACCAUACCGGCGCUUCCGCUACGCCGGGCAUGGGGCAGGUGGCAGUGGAAGCGAGGACCUCUACGAUAUGCACUUGGAGGAUUGUGCAGAGCAGCUCUGUCUGGACUUUUUGGACUUUGCGAAACGCAAGCGGGCUGCAGCACAAGGUCGAGGUGACGGUUAUGCAUAUUACCUGUGGGGCGUGGCGCUGAGACGUACAGGGGCCGGUCCAGGAUCAGACGCAGGAGGUGACUUUGAAGGUUUCAACUUCGGGCCUGCUGUAGAUGAAGAUCUAGCAGAAGAGGGCCUUUGGCAUCGUUUGAACCAGCUGCAGAAGGGUGGAGCUGCUGGUUGCCAUUACCAUUACAGGAGCGCCUCGCCAGUUCAUACGUUUCGCACUUCUGCGGUCAAUCUGCAGUGGGAGUUCCGUCGCCCAAAAAUUCUGGAGAUAAUACUCCAAGAACAGCCGGACAUCAUUUGCCUGCAAGAGGUGGACAGUUUCUGCGACAUUGCAGGUGUCUUGGAGGCUUCUGGAUACCGCGGAUCCUUUUGCAAGAAGGCCUGGAGAAAGAUACUGGAUGGAACGGCUGUUUUCUGGCACCACACACUCUGCUGCACAGACAUUGAGCACGUGCAGCUUGAAGCCAGCAGCGCGAUGACUGCCGCACUACUUCGGUUUGAGAGCUCUACAGGCAAAGUGUUUGUUGUGUGCUCGACACACUUGAAAGCUGGCUUCUCAGUGGAGAUGGAAGAACGACGUCUCCGGCAGGCGAUCAUGCUUGAGAAGUACCUAGCAAAAUUUACCGCUGGCAGCGAUGGCAGCGUCGCGACGAUCAUUGCGGCAGAUCUCAAUGCACACCAUGCCGCUUAUGCGGUCUGCACUUCGCGAUCCUGCUGUGACCGGGAAGCGACCGUGGAGCCCAAGGCCGCGACCUUUCUGUACGAAGCUGGAUUUCAGCCUGUUUACCAAUUUCCCAGCUUCACAGCUUGGUCUGGCUGGCUCGACAGGGACGUGAAAGCAAGCUUGGAUCACAUACUCUAUCGUGGACCUAUAAAGCCAAGAGCAUUGCUGGAGCUCCCUCCCGAGGAGGUGGUCUGCCAUUGGCCAGAGCUUCUGCCAAAUGACACCUGGCCCUCGGAUCACUUGCAUUUGGUUGCAGACUUCGUUGCAAGCUGGGGCUGCUUUCGGCAAGCCCAGAUUUUCGUGGGCUGCGAAAAUGCGCUAACGCCGUGUCAUUACGACAUGGUCCACAACGCUUACGUCCAAGUGCGAGGUUGGAAGCGCUUCCUCCUCGUCGAUCCCUGCUAUGCGCCGAACCUUUAUGCGUACCCGCAGGGGCAUCCAAUGGACCGCUGUGCGCAAGCGGAUCUCGAAGCUCCAGAUUUCGCACGCUUCCCCAAGCUCAAGGCGGUGAGGGCCGUUGAGGCAGUUCUUGGUCCUGGAGAUUUGCUUGUGUUGCCCGCGGGAUGGUGGCAUCAUGUGCAGUCUUUAACCGAGGACUCGCUCUCAGUGAGCUUUUGGUUCGAUGAGCCGCCACUUCAAGCAAUGCCUCGAGCGAUACCGCUCACUUCCUUUCAGCGAGUGCAACUUGCUCGUGAAGCGGAACGCAUGCUGCUGCUGGUCUUGGGAACUUCCAGGCUGCGCAGCGCGAUGCACACGUUGCGAAAUAUGCUGGGCUGUGAAGACGCCGGCUGCCAAGUUCAGCAAAGUUCUGAUGAGGCCGCGGGCCUUGUGCCCAUCGAUCGUCGCAUUCUCGAUUCUGCGCGAGGAUCUGUCAGCCUCAUUGUGCGGCUAGUGAGCAAAAACAGAGAGGUUCUGGCUUGCGCGUGGCUGCUGUGGCGCUUGAGCUACACCUUGGGGAGUGUGGAGGUGGCCAGGAGUUUGGCCUUGGCAAUGGCAGAUGAUGCACGCAUGAGCCGCUUGAAGCUGCGCAGUGUUGCUAAGUCUGUCGCACCGGAAGAUAAUUUUUCAACACUGGGCGACUCGGCUAUUUACCAACCUGCGGUUCACCGAUCGAAGUUUGUGGCAGCGUGCGAUUUCGCCAUGUACAACGAUGUUUCCAUCAGCUUACCAGCGAAGGUGCGAGGGCCGGAGGCUGAAGAGGAAUGGCAGGAGGUGGACUGGGUAACAUGGAGUACCGGCACAGUCACCGUGGAUUCAGAGUCAUUCCUGCUUGUGUUCAAGCCGACAGGUGCUGGCAGCGUCAAGGCCAAACCGCUUGGAAAUAUGAUUAGAGCAACGGCUGUUGGUGGGACUGACGAGAAGACGCUGAUCGUCACCACUUCGGAGUCAAUGCACAGGACGUAUCGCAUGACGUUUCCGACUUCGGAAGAAGCUUCAGAGUUCUCAGCCAUAGCAAGCAGGGCAGAGGUUGCUGCCAACGACGCGGCCAGAACAAAGGAGACAGGUGAUGUGCAAAGUGGCGAUGCAACGAGGUUGGAAAGCGAAAUCCGGGCCCAUUUUGUGGAGAGAUGCCCCUUGGUCUUCGGAGGCGCAGAGCUUUACGGGCCGGAUCCCAACGGCGAGGCUUCCAGCGAGGUCCUGCUUGGACGGGGAAUCAUGAUGAUCCUGGAUCCGCAAGAAGACAGCAAGCGCGUGGGUAGCUACGAGCUUGCCUUCUUUUCAGAGGACGAGGGUGUGGACAAGCCAACCCUAUCCUUCGCGAUAGCUCCAGAGAUGACUCUGUCCAGGCAAGAUGCGGAUGAGGAGGCCGACGAUGCCCCCAUCACUUUCGUGCUGCAAGGGCCAACUAUGGCUGCACACUCAGUUUGCUUCGAGGACCAGAUGACCGCGGCAAGCUUCUCGCGAGACUUCAAAGUACGCUCCAAGUUGAUGGACCUCUCCCUGAAGACACUUCGAGGCCGCGCUGUGGCGCAGGGCCUCCGGGGUGAGCUGACGAGUCUGAAGCAACGGAGUCUCGCCAGCAGGAUAUGGACCAUGCUCCGCUGGGGUCUGCUCAUUGCUGUGCUGACGGUGACUGGGAGGGCUGUGCAUCUUUAUACGGUGAACAGCCAGAGACCGCCAGCUGAGUAUGUGUCAGUCAUCGGUCAGGACCUGGCCAACACUGCUUUGCGGUCGGCUUCGGCAACUACCGCAAUGGGUGCAAAGGUUUGUGAGAUCACCUUCGGCACUGUGGAUCGUGAUGGGCUUCGUCAAUGUGCCAGAGCGACGACGGUCUCCGGUAUGCGGCAGUGCCUUGACUCUCUGAGCGGCUAUGCGCCUGUGUUGGGUCACAGCUUUCAGGAAGGUAUGUGA